AUGGGUUGUUCAUUGACAUCUAAGAAAAAAACUGACCAAUUUCAAUCUCAAUAGUUGCCUUCACAGAUAACUUCGAAACAAAUUGAGGGAAAUGAGGUUGAAAGAGAGAUUUUUAAUCAAUUUUGUUUAGAAAAAUACAAAAUUUAAAAGAAUCCUAUAGUUUAAAGAAGAGCUCACUCUGCUAAGCCAAGUUUAAUAAAUGAUGAGAAUCAAGUAGAGGCUUAGAAUUCAUUUGUAUAAAGAUAAUUCUCUUGA